AGGAAGUAAAGCCAAGCUGCAAUUUCUAGUCGCUCUCUAUCGUGGACUGUCUUCGGUAAUAGAUUCGGAGAAGAAGAAAGAUUUUGCAGUCAAUGUUGUUUUUGAAGGUGUGACGAUCCCUGAUGGAGAGAACCCGGACCUGGUCUACUAUGACAGCAGAACAGAUUCGCUAAUGAGAUACCAAGAUGAUACUGGCAUGGGUGUGAAACUAGAGAUGACUAAUAAGCAAGACAGCGGAAACCUUCAUUCUCACAGCUCUCGGACAGCGAACAAGGAUCUCGGCAUCUGCAAUCCUCCAGUGUCUCAGCAACACUGCGUUCAGACGAGCAGCGCCACUGGCCGAGUUCUCCGCCCCAAAGAUAAGCCGUUGCUAAUUUUGUAUCUGAAGAACAUCAAUCUUCCAUCCCCGGAUAA